GUCUGAAAUCGCAAAAGUCGCGUGUGUUAACGUCUCAUUGAAUUGAUCAAAUUCUAUAGAGCGGAAGUUUUCAUGUUGAUCUUACCUUUGAUUUUCUCGUGAUUUAAGCAGACUGAUCGUAAGGCAACCCUAAAUAAACAAAAUUUUCAAAAUGAAGGAUAUUACAGACGGAACGCCCAUACCAAAUUUCUACCGUUGUCGAUCUAUUUUCAUCACUGGGGCGACUGGCUUCAUGGGGAAAAUUUUAAUCGAAAAACUUGUUAGGUCUUGUCCGGAAAUAGGAAGUGUCUAUCUUCUGAUAAGGCCCACACCAACCAAGGAUGUCUCAUUACGUCUUGGGGAAUUGACGAAUUGCCAGGUGUUUGACUGGUUAAGACAACAUAGACCUGAUGCACUCGAAAAGCUGAUACCAGUAAGCGGCGAUGUUUCGUUACCUAACCUUGGUAUCGAAGCGUCAAUAUUACAAGAACUUGAAGAAAAUGUGUCUGUCGUUUUCAAUUCGGCAGCACGUGUCAAGUUCGACGACAACCUAAGAAGCGCCAUCGACGCCAAUGUCAAAGGUCCGAAAAGGGUGGCAAUAUUCUGCCAAAAGUUGAAGAAUCUCAAGGCGUUUGUUCACGUUUCCACUGCAUUUAAUAAUUUGGAUAAAGACGAAUUAGCCGAAGAGAUUUUCCCCACAUCUCUAGACCCUGAAAACCUGAUGAAUUUCGUGGAUUCAAUCGAUGACCAGUUGUUGGCCAGCAUCACUAAACAGUUGGUCGGCAAAUGCCCCAACGUCUACGCCUAUAGCAAAGCCCUCGGUGAGCAGUUGCUUCGAAAUCUAUGUGAAUGCGGUGAACAGAGACUUCCCCUGGUAAUCGUCAGACCUUCGAUCGUCACGGCCGCUCUGACGGAGCCCUUACCUGGUUGGAUCGAUAACUUGAAUGGACCUAGUGGAAUGAUUGUUGGAAUAGCCAAAGGACUCGUGCGAACUGUGAGAGUCGAUAGUCGGCUCGUGGCCGAUCUGAUACCAGUUGACAUUGCGAUUAAUUUGAUGAUUGCGGCUGCUUGGGAUCGAGCGAGUUCUUACACGUUGGCGCAGAUGAUUCCAGUGUACCACUGCUCGUCUGGUUCUCUGAAUCCCAUCAGGUGGGAAGAUUUUUCACGUUACGGAACACGUGCGGGCGAGAAGUUUCCGAUGAAAACGGAAAUCAUGUGGUAUCCCAGCGCUUGCCUACGCACCAAUGGUUUCGCCUUUAAAUUCGAGGUUGCACUUUAUCAUUACCUACCGGCCUUCGUUGUAGACACGGUCGCAGUGCUGUGCUGGAAAAAACCUUUUCUGACUCGGCUGUACAAGAAAGUGCAUAAGGCCAUGUCCUGUCUAGAAUUUUACACAAUGCGACAAUGGCACUUUGUGAGCCGCAAUCCCGACCUUCUUUUGGAAAAAAUGUCCGCCGAAGAUAGGAGUGCGUACAAUUUCGACGUGCGGAAAAUCAAUUGGGAGUCUUACAUGGAAAGCUAUGUUUUGGGAGUUCGAAAGUAUCUGCUCAAAGAAGACUCGAGCACUUUGGACUUGAGAAGAAGUAACUUAAAAAUGAUGAAGCGACUCAGGACGCUGAUUCGCUUAGUAAUGAUUGGACUAGUGGCGUUAUUUUUUCAUUAUCUCCUAAAGGUUUCAUCGCUUUCCUUUAUUCAUUCGCACGAAGAGCUAGCGGGCAACUAUUCGUCUACAGUUGCAGAUUUGGAAAUCGGAUGCAAUGAAACUCUUACUGCUCUUACUCUGAAGUCUCACAUUCUUCCUCAGAACUACAUUUUAGAUAAGUGUUUGUAACUUAACUUUAUUAUCAAAUUUGACUUGAUUGUUUCGAUUUUUAACUAUUUUAAGCUGUUCUUUAAAAGUGCAAUUUUACGUGCCAAAAAAUGUGCCUACAAGUGUGGAUCACUAUAUCUGUAAUCCAAUAAAUUAGAAUACAUGCUUCAAUUGUUGACCGAAA